AUGAAGACCUUCUUUGCUCUUAGUGCCUUGGCAGCCCUUUGCCGGUCCGCCUUUAGUCUCGAAGAGGGACCUUACACAAUCGGAUCUGCUAGUCUUGAAGGAAGUAUGGUUCUAGGCGGUCAAAUCGACGAGCCUCUCAGAUUUUCCCCCAGGAAUGACGAUCCUGGCCACAUUUGGAACUUCACUCUAAUCGACAACAACAACCAACGCGAUUUCCUAAUCCGCAACGAUUUCGGUGACUUCAUCAACUGUGGUGAUGAAGCAGGUUCUGCUUGCUUAGCCGGAGGGGAGGAGGAGGUUUACACCGCCGAAGUUGUUGGUGACAACAGUUAUCAGCUCGUUGCAAAGAAGUCUGGAUACUUCUUGCGUGCCGAAGGCGAAUAUUUGCAACUUGCUGCAUGGGAUCAGACUCCUAAUGAGGAGUUUGUCUUGACUUCGGCCUAUUAG